UAAUAACUCUCCGUUUUCCCCUUGAAAUUCUGCGAGAAUUAUGGAUUCAAGAUUCAUCCACAGCAUUCAUUCCUCAAGAUAUGAUUAUAAGACUGAGAACGAGUCGAGUAGCGGCGAUGAAGAGAGAAGUAGCAAAUACUCUUUUGUGAGUGCUCUAUGUAUGAGCGGAGGAGAGGGAGACAACAGCUACUCCACCAAUUCUCUUCUUCAGAGGAGAGCGUUAGCAAAGGCUAAGCCGGUUUUAGUUAAGAACAUAAAGGAACUGAUGAUGGGCUUGAGCUUUCCUAAAUACAUAAAAGUAGCUGAUUUGGGCUGCUCUUCGGGACAAAACACGUUCUUUGCAAUGUCUGAAAUCAUCAAUACAACCAAUGUGUUAUGUCAAAAAUGGAACCAAAACCCACCAGAGAUAGAUUGUUGUCUAAACGAUCUCCCUAAUAACGAUUUCAACACAACGUUCAAAUUCAUACACUCAUUCAAAGAGAAGAACCUCACGUGCAAAGCACCAUACUUCGUUUCUGGAGUACCCGGCUCCUUCUACUCGAGGCUCUUCCCUCGUAAGAGUCUCCAUUUAGUACAUUCCUCUUAUGGCCUCCAUUGGCUCUCUAAGGUUCCUGAAGGACUUGAGAAGAACAAAAUGAGUGUAUACAUCACAGCUUCAAGUCCCCUAAGUGCAUACAAGGCUUACUUAAAACAAUUCCAAAGAGAUUUCACAACAUUUCUGAAACUGCGUUCGGAAGAGAUGGUUUCUAAUGGACGUAUGGUUCUAACUUUCAUCGGUAGAAACAAUAUGGAUAAUCCAUUGCAUAGAGAUUGUUGUCACUUUUGGACAUUAUUAUCCAAAUCUCUCCAUGACCUAGUCGUCGAGGGUCUUGUGAGUGCUUCGAAGGUAGAUUCGUUCUACAUGCCUUUUUAUGAUCCUAGCAAAGAAGAAGUUAAAGAAAUAGUAGGGAUAGAAGGUUCAUUUGAAAUCAAAGAUUUAGAGGCGCAUGAAUAUGAUCUUGGCCAUUGUAACCAAGACGGGUCAAAGAGAAGUAAAUCAGGAAAAAAUGAAGCCAAUUACAUAAGAGCGGUGAGUGAACCAUUGCUCGUGGCUCACUUUGGAAAUGCCAUUAUCAGCAGAUUGUUUAACAAGUUCGCACAUCAUGUGUCUCAACAUGCUGGUUGCAGAAACAAAACGACCGUUAGUCUAGUCGUUUCAUUGACUCGCAAAUAACUUUUUUUAUGUACAAUAAAGUUUAGUCUUCGCGAGCGAUGUGAAUGGUUAAUUUUUUUAAAGUAUAUCGUCGAUCAUGCAUGAAUUCCUGCGUUUAAAGAAUAUAUAAAUCAUCUAAGUCUAUAAAUAGAACUUCUAGGCUAAUUAAGUUUUCAUCUAGAUUCUGUAACUAGAGGUUUUCAUCUAGAGUAUAUUUUUUUUAACACCCACCUAGAGUAUAUAGACAGACCUAUAUCUGUGCAUCAACAUGGUUCAAGAGUUUGAUCUUUUACCAUCAAGGGUAUCUAAGGGGGAUCAUGAAAGAGAAUCAAAGAACAAGCCUAGAGCUGAAAAAAU